ACAGCCAGGAAGAGUACUAAAGGGACAAAGAACCGCUGCUUCACAUCUCAUCCUCUCCACCAAGCUGAAAACUUCAAAAUCUGCGUCUUGAGAAGAGUUUACUGCCUGUUCUCCGUCUGUCAAAAUCACUGUCUUGUCCUCCAUCGUCCUGCAUAAUGCUGCGCCCAGUUGCCAUCCACUGUCUCCUGUCCACCUUACUGUGCACAUUGACACUGUGCAGCGCCCAGUCAGUCUCUAGCCCCCCUGUCAUCCAGCUACGUCUAGCCGGGGAGAAGCGGAAACACUACGAGGGUCGGGUGGAAGUUUUCUACAAUGGAGAGUGGGGGACGGUGUGUGAUGAUGACUUCUCCAUCUCCGCUGCUCAAGUAGUGUGCAGAGAGCUCGGCUUCAUGAAUGCUGAGUCGUGGUUGCCCUCGGCCAAAUAUGGAAAAGGAGAAGGCCGUAUCUGGCUAGACAACGUGCACUGCUCUGGCAGUGAGAAGAGCCUGGCUCAGUGUCACUCCAAUGGCUUUGGAGUGUCAGACUGUAAACACUCAGAAGAUGUUGGAGUGGUGUGCACCCAAAAGCGCAUUCCAGGCUUCAAGUUCAUUCGGAACCAGGCCAUCGGCGAUGAGGGUUUGACAGUGCAGGUGGAGGAUGUGAGGAUCAGGGCCACAUACUCUCACCGGAAGAGGAUUCCCAUCACUGAGGGCUUUUUGGAGGUGAAAGACGGAGGCAAGUGGAGACAGAUCUGUAAUGAGGAGUGGACGGAGAAGAACAGCAGGGUCAUCUGUGGCAUGUACGGCUUCCCCGGGGAGAAACGCUUCAACACCCGACCCUACAAAUUGCUGGCCAGCCGUCGUAAGAAGAACUACUGGGGUUUCUCUGUCAACUGCACAGGCAACGAGGCCGACCUGUCUGACUGUAAGCUGGGUGGAGAGAUAAAGCUGAAUGGAAACCUUACCUGUGAGAAGGGCAUGCCUGUAGUGAUCAGCUGUGUGCCUGGACGUGCCUUUGCUCCUAGCGUCAGCGCUGGCUACAGGAAGGCCUACAGGGUGGAGCAACCCUUGGUGCGUCUAAGAGGUGGAGCUAUGAUUGGCGAGGGGCGAGUGGAGGUUUUGAAGAAUGGAAUAUGGGGAACAGUGUGUGACGACAACUGGAACAUUAAAGCUGCCACUGUGGUGUGUCGAGAGCUGGGGUUUGGUAGCGCGAAAGAGGCCUUGACUGGCGCCCGACUGGGACAAGGGAUCGGGCCAGUCCACAUGAAUGAGGUGGAGUGCUCUGGGUUUGAAAAGUCACUGACUGAGUGCUACUUCAACCAGGACUCCGUGGGCUGUAGCCAUGAAGAAGACGCAGCAGUCAGGUGUAAUGUUCCCGCCAUGGGCUUCAACAAAAGACUUCGGUUAAAUGGCGGGCGUAAUCCCUAUGAGGGUCGUGUGGAGGUCCUGGCAGAGAGGAACGGCUCUAUGGUGUGGGGCACAGUGUGCAGCGACAGCUGGGGGACCAUGGAGGCCAUGGUGGUGUGCAGACAGCUGGGUUUGGGCUUUGCCAGCCACUCUUUCCAGGAAACAUGGUACUGGCAAGGAGAUGCCUCAGCUGAUGCAAUUGUGAUGAGUGGAGUGAGAUGUUCAGGAGCUGAGCUGACUCUGGAUCAGUGUCUACAUCACGGGAAACACAUUGACUGUCCCAAAGGAGGAGGACGCUUCGCUGCGGGGGUCUCCUGUACUCAGUUGGCCCCAGACCUGGUUCUCAGCGCCCAGGCUGUGGAGCAGACCACCUACCUGGAGGACAGACCCAUGUAUGCACUACAGUGUGCCCAUGAGGAGCGCUGUCUGUCCAGUAGUGCUGACACAGCAGACUCUAACUCCUACCGCCGCCUUCUCCGCUUCUCCUCGCAGAUCCAGAACAAUGGCCAGGCAGACUUUAGGCCACGCGCGGCACACCACUCAUGGGUUUGGCACGAAUGUCACAGACAUUACCACAGUAUGGAGGUUUUCACCCACUAUGACUUGCUGUCUCUAAAUGGCACAAAAGUGGCAGAGGGACACAAAGCCAGCUUCUGUCUGGAAGACACUCACUGUGACGAGGGUAUCCAGAAGAAGUAUGAAUGUGCAAACUUCGGAGCACAAGGCAUCACAGUUGGCUGCUGGGAUACCUACAGGCAUGACAUUGACUGUCAGUGGAUCGACAUCACAGACGUAAAGCCAGGCGACUACAUCUUCCAGGUUGUGAUAAACCCCAACUAUGAGGUUGCAGAAUCAGAUUUCACCAACAACAUUAUGAAGUGCCGCUCCCGCUAUGAUGGGCAUCGGAUAUGGAUGUACAACUGUCAUAUAGGUGGCUCAAGGAGUUCAGAAAUGGAGGAAACAUUUCCUGGAUUGUUGACUAACCAGCUUUCACACAGGUAGACCAAAGAUGGACAUUAAAGACGGACGGACAAUAGGAAAGAGUAUAUUGGUGUUUGACAACCACUAGAGGGGGCUGUACGGUUUUGCUUCCCUGGAGCUCUGCUGAACUGUGGUUGGGCUCAGGGCUUAACAGAUACAAUGGACAAUGAUUCAAUGGGAAACUCAACUGCUUGCGUUCUAACUCUGUUAUCCACAUUCAGCUGUUCAAAAGUGUCCUUAUCUGAUAUGCCUCAUUUCCACUGUGUGUUCUGACUCAACUCACUUUGGUGCCUGGUCCUUUUCUCCAUUUUGUUUUUAACUGCAUAGUACCCCUCAGUGAAGGCGGGAUUCUCAGCUGUGCUGUAACAUCAUCUUUAACUCAGUUAAUCCUUUCAUCAACAACCGUCUUCACAUUUGUGGACUGCCAUUUUAUCA